AUGGCCGUCGAAGCCUCAGAAGUACGAACAUCCGGGACUGCGGCUCUUAACGGCACGUGUCCCUCGCGGAUGAACUCCGAGCUGGCUGCGAGUGACGUGGCUGCGAGAGUGGUGGAACAUGCUGACGUGGCAGCUGAGCUGGAUGGGAACGGACACAACCACGAGCACCCGCGAUGUUCGCCAGUGCUUCGUCGCAAACCGAUGGAAGUGCCUUCGAAGAUGGUUCGCCAGCUCUUCGCGACGGGCAAGAAUAAAUACACGGGAUUGGACGAAGUGAAAGAGGACGGCGUGAGGGACACGUGGACCGAGUCCUUGGAGCCUGAAUCCCAGUUUUCUGAUAUGAAUGAGCUUAUGUCGAGCGGCCUUGAUGGAAUUACGUUCGAUUCGUCGAUCGCAGAGUGUGCUGGACAAGGGGAUGACUCAUCUGACGUGAAAGGGGGAGAGAAGGGCGAAGAGGACAAGGGAGGGGAAGAGGAGGGAUUGGAAGAGUUUGAAGAGGAAAUAGAAUUGGAGAUUGAGGAAGAGGAGGUGGAGGAAGAGGAGGAGGUAGGAGAGAAAGCCGAAGGCAAGGAGCAAGAAGAAAGCGACAGUGAUGAGGACGAGGAUGAGAGUGAGGAUGAGGAUGAGGAUGAAGGGGAGGAGGAGGGAGAUGGGGAGGAGAGUGGAAAUGAGGGUGAGGAGGAUGAGGAUUUGGAGGAGGAAGAAGAGCAAAUGGAGGAUGGGUAUUCGAUUGUUCUGAAGGUUGGUCAGGUCUUGUUGCCGUGCAAGGUGAGGUACGACAACGAGGAGAUUGUUCAGAUCGUUGAAGCAGUUGACGAUUCGGAGAUAGUGGAGGUGGUUGAUGACGUGGCGGAUUACGAUGACGUGGCAAACAAUGACGUGGAUAAGCAUGAGGACCGCCAAGGGCACGUGCGAACCUGCACUUCUCUUCCUGUGGGCAAUGACGAUCCUCCACGUGUCCUCUCCCUGUCCAUGGAUAAUCCUUCCCCUCCCGCCCCUUCCUCGCCCACCUCUCCUCUCCACUAUCCGCCCAUCUCCCACUCUCCGCCUCCCACCGAGUCUCUAGAGCAAUUGCUCACACCCCCCACCAUCCCCACUGCUCCGUUCCCAUCUCCUCCUAAGAGCAUCCUCAAGCCCUCGUUUGUGGAACGCUGCAGUAAAGCAGCCUUCACGUGCAAGGUCACGAGUGGCAAUGCCAUGGAAAACGCGGGCCGGAAGCGGCAGCGGGAUGGGAGCGAGAGUGGCAGUACGUGUGGUGGGAGGGAGGAGGGGCAGGGAGGAGAGGAGGGAGCAGGAGCGUGCGCGGAGGCGUGCGCGGAGGCGAGGGGGGUGCGGCCAACAGCUCGGGAACGAGUGGCGAGGCAGAUGGAGGUGGCAGAGGCUGCAGUGAGAAUGCUUGUGGAGAGAUGCAAGGGUGCGAAUUUAGUGGAUGUUUCACAUGGCCACGGAGUGUCUCCUGUGCCGUCCUCAUUGGCGGAUGAUGCCCUGCACCAAAUGGAGCAGCUGCGUCAUGCAGUCUUGGACAUAACCAAGCCGCGCAAGCGCCUUCGAUUUGCCGAUGAGCUUGGGGAGGAGCUAAACCAUAUUCGUUUCAUUCAACCCAGAAGCAAGCAGACGUCACGUGUUACCAUGGAUUCCAGCCAUUCGCAGCGUGCUGCGCAGGCGUCCGUGACAGACCCUUUCUUCGAUCUCCUCCAGACAUCCGCUGGAGUCUCUAAGCCCGCGCAUGCCGCUGCCGCGUCGUCCGCGCUCACCAGCGGAUCUCCGCCGUCCAACGACCCCGCGCUGCCGUUCGUCCGCUCCCUCAGUCCUCCCGCCGAGUCGGCUUUCGCAGGCUCCACGUCUCGCGGUGGCAUGACAAGCUCGUUCCACGAAUCUGACAAGCAUGGGAACAAUACUGGCGGUGGUGGGAAUAUUGGCGGUCUUGGUUCUGGCUUGUCUGAACUUGCUGCUGCUGGUGGUGGUGGUGGUGGUGGUGGUGGUGGUGGUUCGUCCUUCAAUUUUCUCAGCUCGCAGGGCCCAACCCACUCCCAGCCUCAGCACCCCUCCCCCCCUCAUCCAUCCUUUUCCACUGGAGACGGGGGCAUGGGCGGCGGCGGAAUGGGGGGUGCUAACCUGGGGGGAGGGGCCAGCAUGGGGGGGGGAGCAGGUGGCGCGGGAGGCGCGGGUGGCGCGGGGAUGCGCGCAGCAGCAGCGGCGCGCGCGCCAGCGACAGCAGGGGACGUGGCGCAGGUGGCAGCAGACGUGACGUCCGCCAUGGAGCGCCUGCUGCACCGCUUCUCUGAGGGCGUCUCUGCCGCGCUGGGGGACGCGAGCAGCAGGGUGAGGCGAGUGGAGGCGGCGGUGGCGGCUCUGCAGGGCGCUGUGGACCGUGCUGCUGGGGAUGACGGGGAGAGGCACGCUGAACUGGAUGGGAGGCUGCGAUCCGUGGAGAAUGUGCUUCUAGAGGUGCAGCGUAAUCUGCAGGUGAUGAGGGACAAGCAGGAGCUCGCAGAGGCGCAGGCGGAGCUCUCCAAGCUCAAGUUCCUCGCCCUCCCCGCCCCCCCCUCCGCCUCCUCUUCCGCCUCCGCUGCCGCUGCCCCACCUCCGCCACCACCAGCUGCUGCUGCUGCUCCACCAGCAGUGGUCGAACCACCAGCAGCAGCGGCAGCUCCUGUCCCCUCCGCGCCGCCUGAAGCCUCUGCACCCCCUCCUCCUUCCCCCAGCCCCUCCCCCACGCCUCCUGCUGCUGCGCCUGCGCCUCCUCCUGCUCAGUACCAGGCGCCAGCGCCGCCACAGCAGCAGCAGCAGCAGCAGCAGCAGCAGCAGCAGCAGCAGCAGCAGCAGCAAACCAUGGCCCCCCCUGCUCCUAUGUACCCCCAGCAGCAGCAGCAGCAACAGCAGCAACAGCAGCAACAGCAGCAGCAGCAGCCGCAGCAACAGCAGUCCUAUGCUCCUCCUCCCCCACCUGCUGCUGCUCCUCCGUAUUUGCAGCAGCAGCAUGGCAUGUACGACCCUGCUGCUGCUGCUGCUGCUGCUGCUGCUGCUGCUGCUGCUGCUGCCGGUGCUGCUGCUGCCGGUGCCGCAGCAGGCGGAAUGUACUACCAGCAAAAUGGGCCUCCCCCUCCCAUGCCCCAGGCACAGAUGUCCCAACAGAUGCCCCCGCCUCAGAUGCCCCCUCAGGGGCCCCCUCAGAUGCACUCUCAGAUGCCACCUCCACCAGGUGUACCCAUGCAGGCACCGCAACCCCCUCAGCAGCAGUACAUGCAUGGGCAAGGGCCAUCCCCGUCCUACCCUCCUCCCCCGCCUGGUUAUGGCGCCCCCGCUCCCCCUCCCCCUGCACACCCCUCCCCCCAGCCCCCGGGUAUGUAUCGGGUUGCCCAACCUCCCCCCCCUUCCAUCCCCCCUACUGCCGCCCCCCCUAGUGGGUAUAGACGCUUACCCAUGGCACAACCUGUGAGCGGCGGUGGUGGGGGAGGGAGAGUGGGGGGCGGAGGGGCCGGGGGAGGGGGCGGAGGAGGGGGAGGGGGAGGGGGAGGUGGUGGGGGUGAUACGGCGAGAGUGCCUCUAGAGAAGGUGGUUGAUGACGUGGCAGCUAUGGGAUUCCCAAGGGAUAAGGUUCGCAUGGUGGUGCAGCGGCUGAUGGAGAGAGGCAAGUCGGUUGAUCUGAAUGCUGUGAUCGAUGAGGUGAUGAACGGAGGUGGGGGAGGAGGAGGAGGGGGAGGGGGGUGGUACGGGCGGUGA